UAAAAACUCUCAACUGCUCUCGUUUUCUGUUAGUUACCUUCAAAUGGCACUCGAACUUAUGUGAUGUACACGGGUCUUGUCGAAAGUAGAAUAGAAGAAUCUCACAGCGGAUUGAACGAAACAUGUGAUAAGCCUGCUAUUCUACUUGCCAAAGACACGCCGAUCGAGGAAAAUACCAGGGGAUAACUCCCUUCGACACCUUAAUCCACCAGGUCUAUAUAGAACCAAGCACUGCACAUCCGAUCACCUGGAGCACCGCAACCACGUUCAACCACGAGCACACUGCACACUUCACACUUCGGAGUUCAAUAACGAAAUAAUGACAUAUAUUCAUAGAUAUUGCUUUUUAUACGAUACGUCUUAUCUGGCGAGCGAUUUUUAUUUGCUUUACCUUUAGGUGCGAAAGUGUGAGUGUGAGUGUGAGUGCUGCAGAUAACUGGAUUUGGAUUGGGACCUCUUAUCGAUUCCCCGGCGAGUGAGUGAGCAGUGGGAACCGUCGCCCGAUAUGACGAACUAUACCUAUGACGAAUGUGAAUGUGUGCCGGACAAACACGUCUAAUGCGCCCGAUGGAUAGGCCAAACAGGUUGGGGCUCGAUCCCUAAGCAAAUCGGAAGGGGUAGAGCCAGCUCCAGCACCAGCAACAGUAUCAGUAUCAGAAGAAACAGAUCCCUGGCAAGCGCCGAUAUCGCUCGCAAACCGGCUGAUAAGCGAGGUCCGAAAACAUGGCUCUUUGCUCGGAAGCGGGCAAACACGGAGACGAGCGAUUGACAGCUCCGAGGCAAUAGAAAUUGUGUAAAAAGGUCGUCGAUAAGACACACACAGCACCGCUUGUUUGGAGAUGUGUUGCCGAUCGACCCAGUACCCAGUACCCAGUACAUGCUUCCACUGAGGCACCUACCUACCACUACCAGGCAUACCUUUCAGAUAAGAUAAAGACGGGCACCUUCGAUACAUGCCGAUCGCAUGAGCGCUGGCCGAGAACGAGAUGUCAGCCGUCCGUCAUAUUCGGGCAUCGAAAAUUCGAUUUCAUGGGAUAAUCAAAUAUUGUAAAUUUCCAAUAUGCCUUCGAUAGUCGAGAUCCUAAUCUCUGGGAGUGGCAUUACGACCGUACCAUAGGUAAGAUAACUGCCAUGGCAUAACUUAGUUGCUUUUCGAGAGUUCGAGUUUACCUUCCUGCCCGUAUAGCUAUAGGUAUUAACCCACAUUUCUUGUCUUAUCAAUCGCCUACCCGACUAUUUCCGUCUUAGACUGUAACUAUGUGAUUAUAUAAACCAACUAUGGCCACAUGGCCAACACAUACUUGUACUAAUUCCAGGUAAGCAGGCGUCGAAUUUCUUCUUUUACGAUUUCGGUGCGUCCCGCUUUCGGGUAUACUAAAAGUAUGCGCCAUAUCUUAUCUCGAUUCAAAGUGAAAAAUAUAUACACACAUCGAUAAUGCCCCUUUCGCUACCCGCCGAAGCUUCUCCGCUCCGAUAAGCCGUGAGUAAACUUCUUGAAUCGGUAGAACCUGUCCGGGUCAUAAGUCCCACAAAUAGAGGUUUCUGGUGCAGGAAUAGGCCUGCUUUGGAGGCAUUCUCACACAGCUAAAUUUAGAGGCUUCCUUCAUGAUUUUGGCUGCCUAGUACAGUCUUUAUUUGACUUUGCUGGCGACUUUGUUUUGGGGUAUUUUCAUUUUAUGACAUGCGCGACACAGUUUUGCGACUUUAUAAGUGGUUCCCCAUUGAUAGCAAAUCGAUAGCUCGAGUAUUGUGUUUGUCCUGCUACAAAAACAGGAGAGUCCAGCCACAAGUGCAGCUUACGAAAGAUCUAUCUUCUUAGCUAACACAUCCUAAAUAGCCCCGAUAAUGUGAGAAAAUAGUGCAAUUUUGCAUUGCACCCCUCGUUCGGCAGCAUUCGCACGUAAAAUUGAUUAAAAACUACGUGUUCCGAUUGCUGAAUGCAUUCAAACAUUUCAGUUUUGUGGAAAGGGUAUGCAGUAGGCCGAACAAUGCAACCCCCUAAAUGGUGAAAAGGUGAAAACUUGGUUGAACUGGGAGGGCGGCAGAGGCCUGUAAGAAAAACUCGUCCAUAAAGAAAUAAUAAUUUCCGCUCCAGGCUUUCAAGUGGACCAGACGGGGGUGCUGUGACAACUAUCCUGAUAUAUGGAUUUUAGCCUCGCCACGUCCGAGCCAGACUUGUUUCCUUGGACCUAAGACCCCAGUUGACGGACAGUAAUUCCCUUGAACUUGUUGGCCUUCCGUUCCUCAGCCUUUCUCGAAGUUACAACCUGAGCUAUGGUCAAGCUAACGUUGGUCUCUCCAAGCAGUGAAUAGAACCGUUUGUGCACGUUGUGUUGCAACGUAGUAGGCUGCCAUUCCAGCAGUCAAGUGUCAACAUCGGCACAGCUCCACACUUGCGUGAUUGGUUUUCAUUGAAGACUUUCCUCGUCUUUUCCACCGCAGCCAUCCGAACUGAUCCGAUGCUGCGAUGCUGGUGAUCGAUGACGAAAUGGUACUGGCGACUCCAACUGCGCAUGCAACUGCCAGACUACUGUUCUCUUGGCUGCCCCACAAUUGGCCAACUAACCAACGGUGCGCGAUAGCGAUGACGAUGACGAUGGUGUUGCGAAACUCUUGCAAGCCACUCAAAUCAAGUUUUCCGCCGACCGAAUGCCGCGCAGAAGUAUGAAAAUCGCAAGUGGUUCCAUUUAGUUUUCAUUUGCGGCUCGUUGACGUUGGUCGUACGGAACUGAUCAGUACCGAAUACUGGCCCCAAAUUCGGACAAGUAGGAUGGCGUCACUCUUGGAGCGGAUUGUGCUGCUGGUGGCAUUGGCCACUUGCGUAGUUCGAGGCGACGAUGGAUUUCUGACCGAGCCGCCAGAUUACAUCAAAGAGUGUAGGAUAGCCGACAGGGACUUUGUCAACUGCUCCACGCACAGCAUCCAGCAGCUGUUCGACAAACUCAACGACGGCAUUCCCGGGCUAAACAGCAUCAAAAGCUUCGAUCCCUUCUAUCUCAACCGCAUCCGGAUCACCCAGGGCAACAGCAACGCCAUCAACCUCAAGGUGGAGCUGGCCAACGUGAAGAUCAUCGGUUUCGGGCACACGCACGUCUUGGAGAGUCAGGUGUUCAAGAAGGACUACAGCUGGAAGACCACGUUCACGCUGCCACAGAUGAAGCUGCAGGCCGACUACAGUCUGUUUGGACGCAUCCUGCUCAUCCCGCUGAACGGCAAGGGGCAGGUGUUCCUGGACGCGGAGAACAUGACGGUGACGAUGCACACGAAGACGCGACUCUACUCCAAGGGCGGCUUCACGUUCUACAACGUGACCAGCCUGCACGUGGACUUCAAGAUGGAUGGCCUCAAGUCCUACUUCUCCAACCUGUUCAACGGCAACAAGCAACUGGAGGACAGCACCAACAAGUUCUUCAACGACAACUGGCGGAUGCUGGCGGACGCUCUGUACACGGUCAUCACCCAGACCAUCGAGGACAUCCUUCUGGACGUGCUAAAGAAGAUAUUCCACUUCAUUCCGGCCAACUUCUUUGUGAGCGACAUCCCGACGCCGGACCAGCUGUAUGGCAGGGCCAAGCCGAAGCCCAAGUGAGGAGAUGUCCUCUGGGAGAAUCUACGAGAAUCUGGGAUAGGGGUAAUGCUGUAGUCCAGCCAAUAAAGUCU